AUGGGAUAUUCCACGAUUGGGGAAAUUAUUAAAGAAUGUUGUGAUGCAAUUUGGGAGACCUUGCAACCAAUAUACAUGCCCAAAUCCAACGAAGAACAAUGGAUUAAAAUCGCUAAAGCUUUUUCUGAAAAAUGGAAUUAUCCAAAUUGCGUUGGAGCCCUAGACGGAAAACAUGUUCAUCUUAAGUGUCCUGCUAAAUCUGGGUCCCUUUUCUACAAUUACAAAGGAUCAUAUUCGAUAGUUUUAUUAGCUUUAGUGGAUGCAAAUUAUAAAUUCAUAUUAGUGGAUGUAGGAGCGCAUGGCAAAAGCAGCGAUGGUGGAACGUAUGAAAGAUCAGAUAUGUGUAAAAAAUUUGUAAAUAAUGAAUACGGUAUUCCACAGUCCGAACAAUUACCACACGUAAUUGUUGCGGAUGAAGCUUUUCCGCUUAAACCGUAUCUUAUGAGACUUUACAGUAGAGCGGCUAUUGUAAGCGACGAGGAGAAGAUCUACAAUUAUCGCCACUCUAGAGCUCGGCGGACGGUAGAAAGCGCUUUUGGUAUUUUAGCCGGACGAUGGAGAGUAUUUUUGAAACCCAUUGCAACGAAUCUACAAACUGCAGAUAAGAUAAUUUUAGCCGCUAUAUGUCUCCAUAAUAUGUUGAGGAAUACUGCAAGCAGUAUUUCUCCAUUUGAAGAGAAAAUUAUAAUUAAUAAUGAGGUAAUUCAAGGUGUUGCUAACCUUGGACUCAUACGACGAAAUUAUAUAAGAGAAGCGGUCGCGAUUAGAGACAAAUUUAAAAAAUAUUUCGUAUCUCCAAAUGGUUCAGCCAGCUGUCCCUGGGAGUGGGAUUCAAUUAGGAAAGGAAGAAUUUAAAUGGUGUUCGGAAAGUAAUCCCUACUCUGUAAAAUAAUUGUAUAUAUAUUUUCUAUUUUUCUCUUGUACAUAUUGUUAUUAUUAUUGAAACUGCGAAAUAUUCUCGAGACAACACACCAACAUUUUAUUGUUAUCGGCAAAUUUCGCGUACAAAUGGUACUCACUAAUUAAAUAUAUGGAAAAAUAAAAAUGAUUGUUUUCACUCACCUGACAUGCUGAGCUUUUCUCCU